AUGUCUAAGCUUUACAAGGCUCAGACAGAGAUGGUGCACACAUGGGAGUUUACCGCCUUUAUCCGUGCAGUAGGCGAAGCCCGCUCUAAACAAGAGGAAGACGAAAUCAUACAACGUGACCUCGGUAAUCUCCGCAAAUCUUUCGAAACCGCACACGUGGAGGACUGGCUACUGAAAGAGUACGUUGUGCGCGUGCUUUACGCUGAAAUGCUCGGGCACCCAGCCAAGUUUGCGCACAUUCAUUGCGUGAACCUUUCAGCAAGCCCUGACUUGCUGGUGAAGCGCACUGGUUACCUUGGAACUUGGCUCACAAUUGCACCACAGGAGGAUAUCAUGAUUCUCAUAGUGUCUAAUUUGCUACGCGAUAUGAAUUCAUGUAAUUUUCUUCACACUGCUGCAGCAUUAACUGCGGCAUCGAAAGUAGUGCGGCGCGACCUCAUCUGUGCGAUCAAACCGGAAGUGGUGAAGUUGCUUGACCACUCAGCACCACUAGUACGGAAAAAGGCUGUGAUAGCGCUGCACGCCCUCUAUCGUAACACAGCCGAUCUUAUCGACUACAAAAACUUUUUUCUCAGGGCACUAGGUGAUCCUAAUCCUGCUGUUGAAGCCGCCGCACUUUCCCCAUUGUUAGACAUUGUCCAAACAAAUCCCGAAUUGUGCCGAGACCUGACAGAGACUUUCAUAAAGGUUCUCGAAAAAGUCGUUAGCCGCCGGCUGUCAGGGGACUACGAGUACCAACGCGUCCCAGGGCCUUGGUUUCAAAUCCAAGUUAUGCGGAUUCUUGCAGCCCUAGUAUGUGACAGCCGUGAACUUGCUGCAAAGUGUGAGUACGUUUUGACUGAGGUUAUCACGAGAGCAGACACGGGGUCUACCAUUGGAUAUGCAGUUGCUUGCGAAGCAAUUAGCUUGAUAACUCGAAUUCCGACGAUUCCCUCUCUGAUCGAACUUUCAGUUGAAACGACCGCAAAGAUGUUUGCCACGAGGAAUGUGAACUUGCGCUAUACUGCUAUUCAGGCACUUUCCAACCUCGCGUGUAUCAACACUGACUAUCUUCGCAGACAUCAGGAAGACAUUUUGGAAUGUUUGGGGGAUGGUGACGAGAUGAUUCGCCGCAAAACGACGUUCCUACUCCUUUCGAUGUGCAACGAGGGAAAUGUGGAUAUUAUCGUUAAAAAACUGAUCAAAUAUUUGAAUAGUCAGAUCGAUAAGUAUGUUCUUCAAGAGCUCACUCAGAGCAUCUGUAGAACGGUGGAGCGUUUCAGCAUGAGAAGGCUAUGGUAUAUUAGUACGAUGAACAGACUGCUUCUUUGCGCAGCCGAGCAUGUUCCAUAUUCCUCAAUUCAAGGAAUGUUGAAACUCAUUGUCGAAGGCGGUGAAUCUGGGGACGAAGCGUCGGAUGUGGCAUUUCGUUUGCGUUGUGUGGAGGAUUAUUUUGGACUGAUUAGUUGCUCACAAAAGAAAAUGCCAGAUGCUUUGUGUCGUGUGGCCGCGUGGGUUGUUGGUGAGUAUGGCUUCCUUGCCACUGCGAUAAAUCGAAGACUGAUGGUUGACGGACUGUGCGAUUUGUUUGCUAGAACGGACAGCGGUGAUGCACGGGAUUGGAUAAUUAUGGCGGUGAUGAAAAUUGUUGCCAGUGAUGGUGUGGUACCAGAGAAUGUGAAGGAGCUCAUAGAGCGCUUCAAGGAUAGUAGGAUCGCUACGACACAACAACGCUGUUACGAAUUUUCGAGGCUCACGCAAAUGUUACCUUUGAUGAAACGGUCGCUACCGUUGGAUAGGUGUUGUGAAGAGGUCGAUAUCGAGGAGACAUUGAGUUUUCUCAACCCCUUCGUGCAGAAGGCGCUGCUCGGUGGUGCAAAACCUUAUGAGAAGCGACCUGUUUGCCGCGAGGUUCGGAUGGAGAUUCCGCUCUGCAUUGAAAAAUAUGAAACUCCUCAACUGAAAACUUCGGAAGCGAGUUUGACUUGCGAAGUGUGCGACACGGAGGCGAAACCACCGGAACUCGCAAUACGCCCCAGCACGAGGCGAUGGGGCGCUAAGACCGGUAACGCAGCUGCAAUGGUUAACACGGGUUUGGCGCCGGAUUCACACAUGCGGGAAGUCGGUGGCGGCGAGAGGAUAACCUUAUCGGCUCAAGUGGCUCGCACGGGUGCGACGUUAGAUGAACCUUGCGGAGUCUUUGGGCCACAAUGUGACCAGUCCUUACCAGCUACCCCACCGACUUUAGGUACAAAGUGUUCUAAAAACAAAAAAUUGCUGGAAGAUAUUUUUGACGCAUCAGUUCAGCUGAAAAAAUAUCCCCACGUUGCGCAGCAGGUGCCAGAUUUAUUUGAGGCUGUCGAAGUGGAAAACAAAAAGAAUCUGGCAGGAGAGAACGGCUCGGCUCUUAGCGUCCACAUGGAACACGUAAGGGAAGAAAGAGCGGUGGGUAUCACAUUGUUUAUAGUUGGCAACGUAACGGUGAAUGAUCUAGUAGUCAACGUACUUCCUCCGUCUAACUGCACUCUCCAUGUCACAUCACAUUCUGUACAAUCUGCGAAGCUUACCGGAAGUACUACUAUUACUAUGGAGACACUGAAGGUGAAUCAGUCACUCGAGGUAGUUAUGCAGCUUCUUCUUACUGGAUUCCCAAAUGAUAUGCAUGUGCGGGUAAAGGUAGUUUAUCGACGCUCCGAACCCUUUGACAUGAUUGACGUUGGUAAAUCAGAGUCCAAAACUGCGACCAUGACGCUGCAAGUCGGUGAUUUUCUUCGCCCGGCUUCGUCGAUGACUACCGACACGUUCGGCGAGAUGUGGCUGAAGUAUAUCGGGGAAUACAAAACAACACUUCACGGCACUGCAGCAUUAACACUUGAGUCUAUUAGCCAGUUGCUGAUGGAGCGGGCCUCCCUACGUGUCGUAGAAAUGAUUGGAAAUGAACUCAUAGUUGCGGCUGUGCUGCCUGGAACUGAUCAACUACUACUGGGCCACGUUGUCCUUGUGGAUCAUCAUUGCGCCAACGCGACCUUUCGUGCGCAAGAUAAAAGGUUAGCGGAGUUUGUAGUCCGCUCAUUGGACAGCGCGAUACCAUUGUCGUAG